AUGAAGGCUGAAUCGGAGCUCAACGAAGUUUUGCGUCAGUUGGAACAAGAUGCAGAUGUGCUGAAUGGAAGGAUCAGAAAAAGAACGAUCUUCUUCUUCCUUGUUCUUGUUGCCUCAGUCAUGGCUUCUCCUUGUUUCUUGAUAUCCCUCCGCGAAGCCGGCUACGUCGAAGUCAAGAAAGGAACAGCUUUCUGCCGCUUCCUAUCUGGUUGGGAUUUCUGCAUGCAACAGACCAAGUUCUGGACGAAGACGUCCUUCUUGUGGCUCUACAUGAAAACGGCGUGCGCACUCUCACCGAAGAUGGUGGAAGCAAAACCUUAUGAAUUCAAUCUCUACAACCCCCCGCUGAUGAAAGACGGAUUCUUCGGCAAAGGCCAAGGAUUUUGCGUUCCCGAUGCUGAGUGGCAGAAGUGCUACAGCAGUUGGCCAUGCUGCAAACACAAGCCAAACUUUUGCUGGGAGUUCAUAUGGAAUGGAGGAAGAAAACUCGCGGACAUAGAGCCUUUUAUGUUUCGGCAGGGCUCCAGCAGAGUUGUUGUCGACUCUUGCAGCUUGCAUGGCGGAUGCAACGUCAUGAUCAGAAGAUACCGGAAGUGGGAGUUGAUCAGCGAGACGAGCUCAAUCAAAUACGAGAGGGAUGUCGUUGAAACGAAAUUGAUCGGUGUGGCCCUGGAGGAAGUGCAAGCGGUGAACAAGACACUCAAUGUCAACCUUGACCUGCGGGGCUGGGGACUCCCAUCAUCUACCCAGUACCUGCUCAAGCUGGGCCCACACUCGGACCCUCGAGAGUGGAGAGUCCACCAGGAAGAUCAGGUCAUGAGCAAGCAUCGGGCUGGACGGCGCUACCGCACCUGGCAGCUCGUCUCCCGUUACUCGAUAGUGGGGACAGACAUGCAAGGUAAUGCGCACGAGUUCGUCUCCUGGCAUCAGAGGGAGUGGAAGUCCUACCAGGACGUCAUGUGA